AUGGAGGAGAAUCACCAGAAAAUGAUAAGCUCCUUUAUUAGUAAGACCACAUCUUCUUCGAGACAAGUCGCUAGACUCCUUCUUGAAGCUCGUCAAUGGGAUGUGGACGCUGCAGUCUCUGACUUCAACGAAGUCGUCACCGUCGCUGUUGCAGCCUCCGAAGACGACUGCUGGAGAAAUGUUAAAAACCCUAGAGACCCACGACUCUUCGCAGCUCGAACUAUGUCUUCGAUUCUUCGAGUAGAAAUCCCUGUUUCAUCUCCUUCUCGGGUGUCUGAUGACUCUCCGCCUCCGAUACGGUUUCGAUCACCACGGUCUCCUUCUUGUGCACGUAAUCCGUUUAGUAGGGAGACGAUUCAACGCGAUGAACAAGAACAUGAUCUUGAUGAAACUGCUAAAGAAUCAGAUGAUGUAGAAAGAGCUCAUCCACCAUCAUCACCACGACCAAGAAGACUAAGAUUCAGAAGCAUGAGCGAAAUUCUAUCAGUUACUCCUCAAGUGAUCACGCGCACUGUCACUGUUUGGAGGAAUGGUCUCACUCUCGAUGAUAAUCCAUUAUGGACAUUUGAUGAUCCCCUAAGUGCAGCCUUUCUCGAGAGAAUAGAAAGCUUGGAAUCACCACGUGCAGUCGAUUCGCAAGAUGGCAAGCAGCGUUUCCUUGUCAAACUCAUUAGGCGUCACCAAGAGGACUUCCCUGAUUCAUCAAAAUCAUUCCAACCAUUCCAAGGUGUGGCAAGAACUCUACUAGCCAAGUCAGACCCUCAUGUCUCUACUGAGCCACCAGCUUCAUCGGACUCACCCACCACAGAACCAACACCUUCAACGGAUCCCACAGCGUCAACGACCACGAUCCAGCUCGUAUUAGCAGAUGGUACACGCAUUGUCUCCCAGUUCAAUACUCACCAUACCAUCAGAGACGUUCGAGACUUCAUUGACGCGGCUACACCAGAUGCCUCCAGAGACUACCAAUUACUCAUCAUGGGGACGUUUCCUCCUAAACCACUGACUGACUUAGACCAAACCAUCGAGCAAGCUGGCAUCUCCAACUCUGUUCUCGCCCAGAAGCUCUAG